AUAAUUGAUUGACCAUAAAUUUUUAACUGAUGGAGUAAUGUGUCUCUUGUCUUUUCAUCUUCAUCAGUUUUCUGUAUAAAUAUACAAUGAUUCAAUUCUAUGUAAUCAUUUCUUAAGAACAGAAAUAUCUGAUCCAACCAGUGGAGAUUAUGUCGACGAAGAGGAGAGCAUAUGGAAGCAACGAUGUGAAGAUAGAAGGGAAAAAGCGUAAGGUUGAGUCGGAAUCAACUCAUGUUACUCUGAACGUGAAGGGUCAGGAUGAGGAAGGAGUAAAAGUGUUUAAGGUAAGAAGGACUGUUAAGCUGCAAAAAUUGAUGGAAUUGUACACCAAAAUGAGAGGCGUCGAGUGGGACACAUUUCGCUUUCUAUUUGAGGGCUCGAGGAUUCGAGAGUAUCAUACACUUGAUGGGCUGGAGCUUAAGGAUGGAGAUGAGAUUCAGGGCCGGCCCAUGGCUAAAGCCCAUGAAGCAAGGGCUUUAGACAUCAAAUAAUUAUAAGUAGUUUUAGGGGCAUCAGUUUUAAAAAUGUUACAGUGGUCUAGUGGUUAGUUUGAAGUCUUAUGUUGUACAACUCACGGUUUCGAAUCCCAAGCAUGUUAAAACUUGUAUUUUUUUUUCCUUAUAACAGUUUUUGUUAAUGGGCCAAUUUUUUUUUGCUUUAGGCACUCAAAUAUUUUGGGCACUGAUGAGAUUGAUGCAAUGUUGUAUCAAGAAAGUGGUUUUGGUCCAUCUUCUUUAAUAUUUAGAGUUUGAGUGUUCUGGUGUGAAUGUAAUAGUACGCAGAUUUAUAUGUUACAUUCAAGAAAAUGGUUCAUUGUUACAUGCAAGAAAGGAACAAAAUUCUAUGUUGCUUCUGUUA